CAUUUUGUGCGCGACUUGAGCGGUGGGCGCUUCUCGGUGAGAAAGGGAGGCCUCCGCCGUUGCCGCGAUGUAUAUUAAGCAGGUAAUUAUCCAGGGAUUUAGAAGUUACAGAGAUCAAACAAUUGUAGAUCCCUUCAGUUCAAAACAUAAUGUCAUUGUGGGCAGAAAUGGUUCCGGAAAAAGCAACUUUUUCUAUGCAAUUCAGUUUGUCCUCAGUGAUGAAUUCAGUCAUCUUCGUCCUGAGCAAAGGCUGGCUUUGUUGCAUGAAGGCACAGGACCUCGGGUUAUCUCUGCUUUUGUGGAAAUUAUUUUUGACAACUCAGACAACAGAUUACCAAUUGAUAAGGAAGAGGUAUCUCUUCGCAGAGUCAUUGGAGCUAAAAAAGACCAAUAUUUCUUAGACAAAAAAAUGGUGACGAAAAAUGAUGUCAUGAACCUCCUUGAAAGUGCUGGAUUUUCUCGCAGCAAUCCCUAUUAUAUUGUUAAGCAAGGAAAGAUCAAUCAGAUGGCCACAGCUCCUGAUUCUCAGAGAUUAAAAUUGCUAAGAGAAGUAGCUGGAACUAGAGUAUAUGAUGAACGUAAAGAAGAGAGUAUUUCCUUGAUGAAGGAGACAGAAGGGAAAAGGGAGAAAAUAAAUGAGCUGUUGAAGUAUAUUGAAGAGCGAUUACAUACACUGGAAGAAGAGAAGGAAGAACUAGCGCAAUAUCAAAAAUGGGAUAAAAUGAGGAGAGCACUGGAAUAUACCAUUUAUAAUCAGGAACUAAAUGAAACCAGAGCUAAACUUGAUGAACUUUCAGCCAAACGAGAAACAAGUGGAGAAAAAUCUAGGCAAUUAAGAGAUGCACAACAGGAUGCUCGAGAUAAAAUGGAG